GACAAAAGACUGCGAGACGGAGUGAAGGAGCCCAGAAUCCGGUACCGGUGAGCAGAUCUUCCCGUUAACUUGACUGCUUUCCUCGAACUGCUUGAGGAGACUAGGAUCGGAACGACGGAGGUGGGGGGCGAGGACUCUUCCGCUCCUGGAAAACCGUGUGGCCGAGGUGAUUAGGUUGUCGGUGGUGGUCGGACCGCAGCAGGCCGGUGUGAAGUGGACCCUCCCUGAAAACCACCCACGAUUGGUAUUUACCGACAAAACCAGCGGUCAAGAUGGGUCACUCACUGUGAUUGGAAACACCACAUCAGCGGCAGGCCUGGACAGAUCUAUUUAAACGGGAAUGGUGUGAGCUGACACGGCCAGGCAGUCUGGAUCUGACCGGGGAGCCGUCCUUCCCCCGGAGCCUCCGCGGCUCCAAGCCGCGUCCUGAGCCCUCCAAGAUGGGGAAGUGCGACGGCAGAUGCACGCUGCUGGUGAUAUGUUCACUGCAGCUGGUGGCAGCCCUCCAGAGGCAGGUGUUUGACUUUCUGGGCUACCAGUGGGCUCCCAUCCUGGCCAACUUCCUGCACAUUAUGGCUGUCAUCCUGGGCAUGUUCGGUACUGUGCAGUUUCGCUUCAGAUACCUCAUCUUUUAUGCAGUAUGGCUGAUCCUUUGGGUGGGCUGGAACUCCUUCAUCAUCUGUUUCUACUUGGAAGCUGGAAACCUGUCUCAGGACAGGGACUUUCUCAUGACGUUCAACACAUCCCUCCACCGUUCGUGGUGGAUGGAGCACGGUCCUGGUUGCCUGGUAACGCCAGUGCCAGACUCUCGAUUGGCCCCUGAUGACCACCAUGUCAUCACUGUCUCUGGGUGUCUCCUUGACUACCAGUACAUUGAGGUGUUGAGUUCAGCCAUUCAGAUCCUACUGGCUCUCUUCGGCUUUGUGUAUGCCUGCUACGUGAGCAAAGUCUUCCAGGACGAUGAAGACAGCUUUGAUUUCAUCGGUGGCUUUGACUCCUAUGGCUACCAGCCUCCUCAGAAGUCCUCUCAUCUGCAACUGCAGCCUCUUUACACGGCUGGUUAACUCUUGGUAGCGCCCCCUUCAGGCCAAAUUCUGAUGGUGUCACUGUGGAUGGAACUCAGCAGUCGCCCUGAUUACACUCACUCUGUGUCACAGUUUACCUGAGGAACGGACUUAACCCCACUCAGAGAGCGACGUGUGUGUGUGUGUGUGCGUGCGCGCCUGUGUCUGUGAAUGAGGAACAUGGCCCUGAUUAGAAUGUACAGAGCUCAGGGAAGAACCAACAUGCCAGGUGGCAUGACGAGAUGAAGGAGGAGGGACCAGGGGUGGGGAGCAGAGAUACGGAGAACAAGAGCUGGGGACACCUCUGUCAAAUCACAGAGGACACACUUCACUAAACUACCAGCUCUCAAUACUCCCAUAGGUGUGUGUUUGCAAUGUGUGAUUGUGUAACUCCAAAGGACUAGCUGGUGCUCUGUGGUUGCACCCUGGACUCUCACCGCUCGGUGCCCCUGUGAAUUUUUUUGUUUUGGGUGGUUGUGUGAGUGGAGGUGGGGGUAGGGGUGGGGUCACAUAACAAAAAGAGGCACGGCUCGUACCUGUUGUUGUUUUAGAAUGUGGUGAUGUCAAACUAGAGCAGUUUUAUGAGUCCUGAUCCCAAAGCCAUCUUUCCUUCCUCCUGUGUCAUUAAAAUCACCGUAGACCGUCAAGCUUUUUACACCACUGCCCAUGUCUGGUGAGGUAAUAAAGCAGAACUGGUGGAGCAGAAAGGGUGAAUUUCUUAACAGAUCAGGCCAGCAAUAUUGUAUAUAUUAAAUUAUUGGUUAAAAAAAGCUCCAAACCCAUUUGUUCCUGGAGACAUACAGUAAAUCCUUAAAAAUCAGUCACAUCAUCCGUUAGCUGUACGGCCUGUCCUGUAGAUGGUUGCAAAGGCAGCUGGAACCAAUUGGAUUGGACAUUGGUCUAUCGCAGGGCAGACGCAUAGAGACAGACUCACAUUCACACCUAUGGGUAAUUUAGAGUCACCAGUUAACCUGCCUGUCUUCAGACUGUGUGGAGAAGCUGGAGCACACCGAGCCACAGGGAGAACUCCGUACAGAAAGGCCCCAGGAAGCCAGUAGGGUCUGACUCAGAAACCUUCUUGCUGUCAGGCGAUAGUGCUUUGUUUGCAGCAGUGCCACUCAAACAGCAAUAAAUAGUGUAUUUGUUUGGAUUAUUUUCAGCUGUGGAUGUGGCGCUCUGUGAGUAUUUACAGCAGUAGGAUGGUGUCUUUAUAGUGUCCAAUCUCAUCGUAGUGAAGGAGCAAGUCACACCAGUGUCUCACUCAUGUGUUUGGCUUUGACUAGACAGACAUGUUAGUAGGGCCCGUUCUUUUCUGAUUUUGGUCUUUGGUAACAGGAUUCUUUGACAAUAAGAAAAAUAAAGAAUAUUGCCAGACUUAUCCUUCACAGUUGUGGCAUACUUCAAAAAUCAAGUCUAGUGCCUGGAUAUUUAAUUUUCAGGAAAAUAAAAUCAGCCUCCUACAUGUGAUGCUGUUGAUGGGGGUGCAGAUGGCUUUGGGAUCAGGUGUUAGUGUCUGUGGGUUGGGGGGUGGGGGGAGAUACUGUGCAUGUAAAUAACCAGCCAAUGAUUGUUUUUUUUUGUUUUUUUUUCAAUUUAGAAAAGAGGGGUUGCAUUAGGGGUGGGUGGGACUGGGGUAGAGGGGCACACAUCAGUGUUUUUCUUCAUACCUGUUUCUCUUAUUCUGUCUUUUUGGAUAUUCUCAUGUUGCAUCAUUUUGAACCCAGCUGCAGCUAACUCUCCCCAUCAUCUUUCUCACAAGCUACAUACACCACCACAAUUCAUUCACUGAUCUCCACUGGACUAUGGUGGCCAUUAGAUGAAAAUGCAUCAUGAACUUGCACAGUGACAUGCUCCAAGUAGUUUUUGCAGGUGUAGCUAGAGACAGGAAGAGGGAAGGAGGGAGGCAAGUAUGAGGUGAAGACCUUAUUGGGCAUAAGGUGAAGCUUGAAAUAAUAAAAAAUACACUUUCUACAUUAAAUAUGACUUCUGUUGCCAUUUCUCACUGAGUGACUAAAGGUUAAAUAAACUGCUUUGACUACAUUUCAUUAAUAUUGGGAUUAUGAGGCAUAGAAUUACAUUUUCUCCUGAUUAGUUUAGAAGAUCAUAGAAGUAAUGCACUCUGGUGAGCUGAUAUUGCACAAUGAGAAUUUAUCAAAAUAAUGUGAUGAAUUUUACACAAAGUCAACCCAACAUUGAAAAAUACAGCACUGAUACUCAUCAAGGGACUUGUUUAAUGCCUGCAGUGCUGAAAGGUGUGCUCACUGUGACCUUUG